AUGCCAUCGGUUGAACCUGAACCUCACCUUUAUCUCUACUCUCGUCACCAUCCCCUCCGAAGUUCGAACAGGCAGUACGAAUACUUACUUGAAGAAGCGGACACACUCUGCUUACUACCGUCUUCAAUGCGUCUUCUUUGUUCCAUCCUUUGUGCCCUUUUGAUCUGUUCCUUAGCAGCGGCUAUAUUUAAUAGUCUACAAGGAAACUCGUACGGAUCAGCAAGUUUCUGCAAGACCCCGGAAGAAUCGUUUACGCCGAAAGUGCUGUGUCCACGAGAAACAAUGUUCUUUUACUACAAUUGCUGUGCGCCGUCCGGUAAUAUAUCAUGUUGUGCGCAAGUUCGAAUUUGGCUGUUAAUUGCAAUCGUUUGUGUGUCAUUAUCAUGCAUCCUCGGUUUAUCCUACACAAUCUUUCGCUAUUGUUGCGUUUGUGACAAGGAGGAGGACGGGAUUUCUGCAGCUCUUUGA